CGAUGCUCCAACACUCUGAUGCUCCCUUCUGUCCGACUGUCUUGUGCGUGUGUGUGUGUGUGUCCGUGCGUCUCGCUGCGAAUUGCUGCAGUGCUGUUUUUCCAGGUGUGUGUGUGUGAGAGUGUGUGUGCGUGCGUGCGUGCGUGUGUGUGAGAAGCCUGGUGUAUUUGUAGAAUUUGACUGAGCCGGGAACCUGAUGUCACAUGUGCUUCAUCGGAGGAGACGGGGCAUCUGCGAGCUGGAUUUGGUGGAGGAUGCUGCGGCAAGUGAUUCACAGAGGGCUCAAGGCUUCGUUCUACUGGCUCGGCUUGUUCGUUAGCAGACACCCCGUCUUCUUCCUCACCGUGCCCGCCGUCCUCACCAUCAUUUUCGGAUCUACCGUCCUCAGCCGCUUCAAGCCGGAGACCGACCUGGAGGUGCUGGUGGCCCCGACGCACAGCCACGCCAAGAUCGAGCGCAGCCUCGCCAACAGCCUCUUCCCCAUCGACCAGUCCAAGCACAAGCUGUACUCGGAUUUGCACACGCCGGGCAGAUAUGGCAGGUUGAUCCUGCUGGCCAGGUCCGGGGGGAACAUCCUGGAGCUGGCCGACCAGGUCCUGCAGGUCCACAAGCGGGUGCUGGAUUUGCGCGUCAAUUACAAGGGAUUCAAUUACACCUUCGCGCACCUCUGCGUGCUGAGCCACCGGGACAAGCGCUGCCUCCUGGAUGAUAUCAUCACCAUCUUCGAGGACAUCAGGCAGGCUGUGCUGUCCAACAGCUCCUUCCACAAGGUGCCCGUCAGCUACCCCAACACCACGUUAAAGGAUGGGCGAGUGUCCUUUAUCGGCCACCAACUGGGCGGCGUUUCCCAUUCGGCGAACAACAGGGACCAGCAGGUCAAGUUCGCCCGUGCGGUCCAGAUCACCUACUACCUCCGUAACCAUGGACCAGUGGUACAGGAUGUUAUCGCCGAGCGGUGGGAGAACGAGUUCUGCACACUGGUCAACCGGCUUUCCACGGCCGAGGCGCCUCACCCGACAGACCAGCUCCAUAUUCAGUCCCUCACUUCUUUUAGUCUCUGGAGGGACUUCCACCAGACUGGCGUCCUGGCCAAGGGGGAGGUGCUGGUCAGCCUGGUUCUGGUGCUCCUGGCUGCCACCAUCUCCAGCUCAAUGCGCGACUGCUUGAGAGGGAAACCGUUUCUGGGACUGCUGGGCGUGCUGACCAUCUGCAUCGCCAACGUGACGGCCGCAGGGAUCUUUUUCAUAUCAGAUGGGAAGUUCAACUCCACGCUGCUGGGGAUCCCCUUCUUUGCCAUGGGUCACGGAACCAAAGGGGUGUUCGAGCUGCUGGCUGGCUGGAGAAGGACGAGGGAGAACCUCCCGUUCAAGGAGCGUGUUGCGGACGCUUUCGCCGACGUGAUGGUGUGCUACACCAUGACCAGCUCGCUCUACAUCAUCACAUUUGGCAUGGGAGCAAGCCCUUUCACCAACAUCGAGUCCGUGAAGAUUUUCUGUCAGAGCAUGUGCGUCGCCAUUCUGGUCAACUACUUCUACGUCUUCUCCUUCUACGGCUCCUGCCUGGUGUUUGCCGGACAGCUGGAGCAGAACCGCUACCACAGCGUUUUCUGCUGCAAGAUCCCCUCGGUGGAGUACCUGGACCGCCAGCCCACGUGGUUCAAAACCAUGAUGAGUGACGGUCAUGACCUGUCCACGCACCAUGACAGCGUCCCCUACCAGAACCACUUUAUUCAGCACUUUUUGCGCGAACACUACACGGAGUGGAUCACCAACACUUACGUGAAGCCCUUUGUCGUCAUCCUGUAUCUCAUCUACGCCUCCUUUUCAUUUAUGGGAUGUUUACAAAUCAGCGACGGCUCGAACAUUGUAAAUCUCCUCGCGAGUAACUCGCCGAGUGUUUCGUACGCGCUGACGCAGCAGAAAUACUUCAGCAACUACAGUCCUGUGAUCGGAUUCUACAUCUACGAGCCCCUGGAGUACUGGAACACCACGGUGCAGGAGCACAUCAAGACUUUGAGUCACGGCUUCAACAAGAUCUCCUGGAUGGACAACUUCUUCCACUACCUGCGGGUGGUGAACGUGAGCGCGUCGACAAAGAGUGACUUUAUCUCGAUUUUGAAGGAUUCCUUCCUGCGGAGCCCUGAGUACCAGCACUUCACCGAGGACAUCAUAUUUUCAAAGAACCACGAAACUGACGAGUAUGACAUUAUCGCCUCCCGCAUGUACCUGGUGGCACGGACCACCGAGAAGAAGCGGGAAGAGGUGGUGGAGCUUCUGGAGAAGCUGCGCCCGUUGAUGCUCAUCGACCCGAUUAAGUUCAUCGCCUUCAACCCCACCUUUGUUUUCAUGGACCGCUACAGUUCCUCCGUCAUUUCCCCCAUCUUAACCUCAGGCUUUAGCGUGCUGACUAUUCUCGUCCUCACGUUGUUCCUUGUCAUCAACCCCCUGGGGAACUUUUGGCUCAUCCUCACAGUGACAUCCGUGGAGCUGGGAGUCUUGGGUCUGAUGACCCUCUGGAACGUUGGCAUGGACAGCAUCUCAAUUCUGUGCCUUAUUUAUACCCUCAACUUCGCCAUGGAUCACUGUGCACCACACCUCUACACCUUUGUGCUGGCCACCGAGCACACUCGGACGCAGUGCAUAAAGCUGGCACUGGAAGAACACGGCGCGGCCAUCCUGCAGAACACUUCCUGCUUUGUGAUCGGGAUCAUGCCGCUGGUGUUUGUGCCUUCUAAUCUGACCUACACACUGUUCAAAUGCUCCCUCCUUACCGCUGGGUGCACUGUGCUGCACUGCUUUGUCAUUCUUCCUGUCUUCCUAACUUUCUUCCCGCCGUCUAAAAAGCGACACAAGAAAAAGAAAAGGGCCAAGCGGAAAGAGCGGGAGAGGGAAAGAGAAAGGGAGCGGGAGAGAGAAAGGGAAGAGAUCGAGUGCAUUGAAGUCAGAGAGAAUCCUGAUCAUGUGACAAACGUCUGAAUAAUCCGCACACCGGUGGAUAGACGCGACGUAGUGCCGGACGACAGGUGUUGGUGAAUGAUGAGUUACCUCUCGAGCUAUAGAACCCAGUCUGAGGUGUCGCCUUCAGAGGGAGCGCUCAUCACUUCCAAGCAUUCGCAGCCCAGCAGGCGAGCGUAGAGAACAGCUCCGCUCUCAGACUGCACGGUGUUACCAUUCGCACAAACUGCAACGCCAUGGGUUCAGAACUCUUUGAAAUACUCGGUACACAAACACCAUAGAUUCCAGAAUUGUAAAUAACUUUGAAACAAACGGUAUACCCGUCUAUUUUUUUGGCGAGUCCUACAUCUAUUUCCAAUUACUCCAAUGAGCUGUGUAGUCCGCUCGGCCAAUCCAGCCCAGGAAAAUAUAAGACGCAUUAGUGGUGCAGAUGAAAGCAGUGCACACAGCUACUCUACUCUUAGGAUUAGAAAAUACUUGAAUAUUUUGUGCACGACUUUGGGCGAUUAAUGCAGUGCGUCCACCCUCGGUGGGGAGCCGAACAGCUGACAACUGGUGACCCAACAUCUCUCACCAUCAUUGAUUUAGAAGCUUUACACGAUAUAUAUAUCCAAUGUUAUCCAAACUUAAAUACUGGCCUUUUUGCAUUGAUUCCUCACAUCGAUUUGUUUAUUACGUAAGAUGCAACGCCCUGUGGCAGAAACCUGUGGUCACCCGAGAACAGAACAGUGACCUCAGAGGCUCAGAUGACCAAGUUAUCCUUGGCCUUGUUCUAUUGAUAUUGAAACAAUGUGCUCAGGGUGAUGCAGAGGGUUGACAGCAGGUGACGUAGCUUUCUCCUUUUGCCUGGAUUGAAGUUGGACGGUGGAACUCGACUCACGGAAUUGUUUAUUAUGACAUCCAUUUGUGAAGCUGACUGAACCCCUGCAGCCUAAAAUGAAUGUUGGCAGUGGCUGUAGACCACAGGUGUCAGACCAUCAGCCUUGGGGGACACACCCGGCCAAGAUUUUGUCUGUGGCCCAGCGAGAGGUUAAAAUACCAAUAGGUGGCUUAAAGUAAAAUCCAAAUAACCCACAAUGAUAAGACAGCUUUGCUGUUCAACUGGCUGCUUUCUAGCUCGGACGUUAUAAAUGCCAACAAGUGCUUCAAGGACGAAAGCCCACCUCGCGGAAUGGAGUUAGGAAGGGCAAGUUGCAUAUUCUGAAGCUAAAACUAGCCUCUAAUUAUUGAAAGUUAGACAGGUCCUGCAUUUUGUUUCUGCAUAUUGUGACGGAACUUGCCCCCUUGUGCGACUGAGUUGGUCAUCCCUGCUUUACACCAAAGACUUUUGAAUGUGGUUAAGGCAGGCUAGACUGUCGGAAAGAGAUCAGCAUGAGAGGCUGGAACUAUGUUCCAGACUAACCGGUACUGUCGGUAGCCAUGGUUGCUCGGGCACUUUUUCCUCAAUCGGUACGAAUGUUUUCCGAACCGAGAUUAAAUCUUCCCUGUUUUCCCGACGCAAAAUUACACAGUCCGAUUCAGAUGCAUGUAGUCCGAACUCACCUACACUGAACAAACCACCAUCCGUUACUUAGCAACAGAAUCUAGCAAAGAAUAUUACGUAGUCACCUCUAUUCCUAUCUGUAUUUGGUUUAAUGCAUUUUUUCCAUUUUUGUCUGGCGAGUGCUUGUGACCUUGCUGGAGGACUCCAGUUUUUUAAGGCAUAAUUUACUGGUCAUGUCACAUGGGGUUAACAUGCGCAGUGACACAAAAAAGAUAGUUGGUCACAUGGAGGAAGACCUAAUAAACCAGUAACAUAAACCAUCCCUGCUGAGCCAAACGAAAUUUUGUUCACAAGGUGUCAAAUCGGGUCAUUUCAUCCCGAAAGAAGUAUUUAUAUGAAGCAUUUUCAUUUGACUACAAUGCACCAUGUAAAAGCAGCUGAAACACAGACAGGUUUAGCUAAUGGCCGAAGGAAAGGCAUAUUGUUGUUAUGGGUCAAUGAGGUGUCAUGAGAUAGAGUCCUACUUUUCAGAGACCACUAGAUGGCGCUCUUAGUUUAGAAUGAUGUGAGGUUUCAUUGAAUUGGUUGUUCAAGUCGAAACACUUUACAGCAGACGGCGCCCUCUGGUGGGCCCUGAAAAUCAGGACACUGUUUCACGAAGCUUCAGCGAUCCAUCACGAGCACAUGGCAUUUUCCACGUAUUUGUACCGGACUUACACCAAGAUCAGUAUGAAAACACCACCUAUAUGAAGAUGUAAACAACUUCAAAAUCAGGUAGAUUGGACUGAAAAAAGGUUCAAUUUACUCAGAUGGCAACGUAGUUUUAUAUUUAAUACUGAAGUUGAGAAUACCUCACCCACACUAGGGUAGCACAGUGGCAAGCUAGUCGUGCCAGGGCUCAGAAUGACUCGGCCCCCGUGGUCAUUUGACAGGAUGUACUGCUUUGUUGUCUAUGACUACAGGCUUCAGCGCAUGAACCACUCUUCUAUAGGCAGUAAAGCAAGGUGACGUUUAACUUGUACAACCUCAGAGCAGGGUGACGUCACUCCAACCACUAUGUACAAGAGAUAUGAGUUCUAUAUCUUAGAAACAGGAUACCUCUGUGUGUCGCACAUGUUGAAGUCAUUUCAAUGCUAUUGAUAAUUGCAUGGAUUCUUUACGUCCUGCGGGAGGAUUUUUGUUUUCGACUGCAAAACGUGUCGUGUUUUCACGCAGAGAUAAAGUCCAGGCGAGAACCUCGGCGUUAUCUCGACCAAAACUCGCUGAAGGUCGCCUCGCAGGUCCUCGAUAUGAGCUCUGCUAAAUUGUCGGAUUGCGGUAAAAAGGCUGUGAGUAGCUUAUUGACAGCGCAUUGACAGGUUUUUACAGGUGGCCAUUAAGGGUCCUGCCUCGACUGUCUGGUUUGUUUGUUUCAUGAACACGACUGUCAAAUUCAAUCCGAUCCAGAGACACACCAAUAUGUCUAUUUUUUUACAUAGGUGUAUUUGAAAGUGUAAUGCCAUUCAGUCUGGAUGUUGUGACUGAGAAGUCUAUGAAAGUGUGGCCCAGCAGCUGGAGCAAAUGGCUCACAAAAGCUCUGUUCUAUAUGUAUAGCAAGAAGGCAUGAACUGUUUAAAACACAGGAAAUAAAUACAAAUCUGAAAUGGAUGACUUCCCAAAAUGGACUACGUUUGCAUGGCACUGUAUUGUAUGUAUGCAUGUAUUUCAUUUCUAUGUAUGAAGUCUGCGUAUUUUCCCAUGAAUUAUGGUUCUUUUUUUCUUUUCGUUUUGUUUUGCAACACUGUACUGACUUAUGUAAAUUCUUUUGAUGCAUAUUCUGUUUGUGCUGGAAAUGAAAAUAGUCUCACAUGAUCCGUUCCAAAUGCCAGAGGAUAUUCCGUCUGUAAAAUAACUGUAAUUACUCUUUUCUAUAUUUUAUAAGGAAAAAAUAUACUAUAGAGAUUUUUAAGAUGUUUCUUAAAUAAAUGGGGUUUAAAAGUAAAAAAAAAAAAAGGUGAACACAGUAGGCCAGUAAUAAACAGUGGAAUGUUGCCAAUA